GUUCUUUCAGGACGACGACGAGGGCCGGUUUUUGUCUGCAAUCUCUUCACUCAAACAUAUUUGUGGCUCUCCCAGUGAACGUGACGAACGGUCCGCACGACAUGUCGGACAGAGAAGUGCAGCAGUUGGUGGAGAUGGGCGCGACGACAGCGCAGGCGCGCGCCGCGUUACGGCGGUAUAAAGAUGUCAUGGAGGCCGCCGAGAAGUUCUUCGAAGGCGAGUUCGCGGAUGUGAAGGACGAGGAUGGAGACAGCCCCAUGGCCGCGACCUCCUCGUCGAAGGCUUCCAAACGCCUCGCAACACCAGAACCAGAGGAUGGCGAGGAUGAGGAGGAAGAUGAAGACGGCGAUGGCGAGGCGGAAGAUGAUGACGAAUACUUCGAUUACGACUCCGAUUUUGGAGACGGGCCUACGAAUAAUGGUGGCGCACAAGCUGACCCCUACGCCGGCAUCUUCUUCUCCAAGGAUCGCCGCGAGGAGGUCAUCGAGGUCGAGGAGGAGCCAGAGGAGGUCACCCUCUCCGAUGGACGGAAGGCGAAGCUCAUGACCCAAGGCCAAUGGAUGAAGGGUUGCUCCGAGGGAUCCGAACAAAGCUUCCUCUUCCAACUCUACACCCAACUCAGCGAAGGCGCAUGUCCCUGCCCGAAUGCAGGCUGCACCUACAGCAUCCAACGUCACAAGCGCGACUUCUUCACGAUAUAUCCCUCCUUCUCGCAGUACAUUGAUCACCUGCGGGGAAUCCUUCAAAGGAGGUGUCCCAACUGUCAGACAGAGUUCUGCUUUGCUUGCGGCGAGCAUCUAUCUGCAGACAAGGUCAAACGCCCCUCUAUGGCUCAGGACGAUAACCCCCUAUUUCACUGCUCUAAUCUGCAGGGUGUCCUCCUUGGUGUCGGUCUUUCUAUGCUGGAGCAGAUGUUCGUGGAGCAGCGCGAGCAGGGGCCUAGCAGAAACGCUGAGCGGACAGCGAAACGACGAAAGACGCAAACGCCGACUCUGCCGUCUGGAGACGAAGAUGACGAUACUUACUACACGGGCGUUCCUACGAAGCAGAAGGGUGGCAUUGGCUACGCAGGUGAUCAGAAGGAGGACCAUUCUGGUCAACAAGAAGCCAUGGCUCUGCAGCAGGCAAAAGACAGAACGAUCGCUGCGCUCCUGACUCAGAUACGCGAGUAUCUUCCAUCCCUGCGCCGACCUGGCGGCAGUCGAACCAGCGAUUAUCUUGUCCACCCGACGGCACUUGCGCACCUACGUCGACGAUUCAACUAUGUUUGCAGUACCCUCUUAAGAAACGACUCGCUUGCCGAUAUGUCUGAGCGUUCUACUCUGUACUUUGAGCUGUUGGAAUGGUUGGAGACCAUAUCGAACCACGAAGCGUUGGCUAGCAUGAUGGGGAUGCCUAUCAUGGUCCCGCAGUCCGUAAAGACAACCACAACGCGAAAGUCUUCCGCUGGCCCUCCGGUUCGUGAGCGCACCAUCGUCUACGAAGGCAGCGCGGGACCGCGUGAGCUUCUCGAAUCAAUCGCCAUUCAAGCUCGGGCUGCGCUCAAGGGUCUCGAGGGCAUGAAGGCUCAGGAGCCCGCCGAUGUCGAGCUCACUGAAGAGCAGAAGCGGAUGACAAACGAGAACAAGGGCAAGUCCCGCGAGGAGCCGCGUGCGAUGAACGAGGAGAACGAGCGGCUGCUCAGCUUCUGUACGCGCAUCGUCGCCACUGCGCAAGCGAUUGACCGCUCGCUGCGCGAGACGAAGGGCGAUGCGUUCGUGAAGCGGCUGCACGACUCGCUGCCAAAGGUCAACACCACGAGCGCGGGCGCAGAGGCAUAUGCGGUGCAGGCAGGCGACACGGAGGAGGAUGCGAUGAAGGCGUACGUGGACUGGGCUACGCAGGUGCGGUUCGAGUACUGCGACUUGACGGUACCGGAUCUGGACACGGAGGAUGGGACGCCGCACUACAAGUUCUACUAUAAUAACGAGGCGCGGAUGCUUGCGACGUCGGAUAUCCCGAAGCGGUCACUUGCAAUUGCGAAGGAGCUUGCUACGCUCACUACCAAUCUACCUGUGGCAUGGCAUUCGUCUAUCUUCCUGCGCGUUGAUGAGACCCGAGUGGAUGUCAUCAAGGCGCUGAUCACAGGCCCCGAAGGCACUCCGUACUACAACGGAUGCUACUGCUUUGACAUCUUCUUGGGCGCGACGUACAAUCAGUCACCACCCAGUGUCAAGUACAUGACGACUGGCGGUGGUCAGUAUCGGUUCAAUCCCAAUCUCUACGCCGAUGGCAAGGUCUGCUUGUCACUGCUCGGGACGUGGUCAGGACCAGGCUGGGUCGCUGGCAAGUCGACGUUAUUGCAGGUUCUCAUCUCCAUCCAAUCCAUGAUCUUAUGUGAUGAGCCGUACUUGAACGAACCCGCAUGGGCGAACUCGCAGGGGUCUGCGGCGUCCAUAGCCUACACUAAGAAUUGCCGUCGAAUGAACGUCAGGAUCGCUAUGCUCGAGAACCUGAAGAACCCGCCCGAGCCCUUCGCCGACAUCAUACAGACGCAUUUCCGUUUGAAGGCGCGCUCCAUCACGGCGCAGCUCGAUAAGUGGCUUGAGGAGGACGAUGGUAUCCAGCUCGCGCAGGACGGGGGCUCAGUAGCGAGCUCGGCUGGGGGGCUGCGCGGUGCACUUCCCGGGGCCAGGAACUCGACGGCGUUCAAGAGGGACGUCGACAAGCUGAAGGCGUUGUUGGCCAACCUGUAAGGCGAUGUCCAUACGAGGUCUGGCAGUGUAGGGAUGGAGCAGACAGUCGAGGCUUACGUUGAAUGAACGGCAUACAUAUAUUUGGACUCUACGAAGUACUACCUCCAAAGCAGUAGUUAGUGAUGGUCGCACAUUAGAAGCCCUGGUAGCUGGGAUUGACGUUCUUGUCCAAGCUGCUGCACUUGGAACGGGCUAUCAUAUAUCAUCGAUCAUCUGGUACUCUUGAGUAGCUAUCCAGACCCGGGACACGCUCA